GGCGGCGGGGCGCGCUCGGCCCCCUGCUGCGCCCCGGAGCACGAGCUGCGCGUGGUCUCGCCAGUCUUCCUGCAGCUGCCCAGCUACGAGGAGGUCAAGUACCUGCCCACCUACGAGGAGUCCAUGCGACUGCAGCAGCUCGGCCCUGGGGAGGUCGUGCUGCCUGUGUCGGUGCUCGGCCGCCCGCGAGGCGGCAGCGCCGGGGAGCCCGACGGCGGCGAGGGUCGCUUCCCGCUCAUCUGA